GUCCUCGGGGUGUGUAUUUCCGGCCUGAAUGCGUGCUCCCGACCGACAAGCGCGCUCUUGGUACAUCCAUGCUCGUUCUGGACACCACUCAUGCGCGUUCCAAGUGGUUCUAUUCCUUCCCUUUCCUGUAACGUUGUGUGACUUCCGCUCCCGGAGUGCUCCGCGCCGCAUCAUGGACCAUAGCGACAAUGAUUUACAAGGGACAAACAGUAUGGGAUCCUUGAGUGGAUUGGAUGUCAGGCGACGAAUUCCAAUUAAACUAAUUUCCAAACACCCAAACAAAAGUAAACUGUCACCUCGACCCCCACGAAAUAUGAACCGAAUCCCUGCCAAGUCUCAGCAAGGUGAAGAAGAAGGUUUUGAUUAUAAUGAAGAAGAAAGAUAUGAAAAUAAAGCAAGUGACAUGUUUGGCAAUCAGCGAAGAUUUCCUGCAGCACACAUAUUUUGGGAUUUUAAGCUAAACCUUAUUGGAGAAAAGGAGGAUACUCCUGUUCAUUUCUGUGACAAAUGUGGCUUGCCUAUCAAGAUAUAUGGACGCAUGAUUCCUUGCAAGCACGUCUUCUGCUAUGACUGUGCUCUGCUGCAUGAGAAAAAGGCCGAUAAGCUGUGCCCAGGAACACUUGUUGAAGAAGCUACUGACACCUAUAAACGUGUGAGUUGCAACGAUCCCGUCCAGCGAAUCGAGCAGUGUGCCCGUGGAACUCUGUUCAUGUGCAGCAUUGUGCAAGGAUGCAAAAGGACAUAUUUGUCCCAGAGGGACCUGCAGGCACAUAUUAACCACCGACAUAUGAGAGCGGCAAAACCAAAUCGUCCACAGCCUGAACCAAUCCAUCCUCCAAUGGCCCCACCACCUUCAGAAAUGCCUGAUCGUUUUAUAAUGCCCCCUGAUAAGCACCACUUGAGUCAUAUGCCUCCUAAGGCGCACAUACUGAUGCCCCCACCACCAAUUCAGCAUGUGCCUCAUGAGCAUUUUAAUCAACAGCAUGAAGAUAUGCGUGCUUCCCCGGCAGAAAUGUCUAUGGCGCCACCUCCUCCUCGCCCAGUUAGCCAAGAUGCUUUCCGAAUUAAUACUAGAAAACACAGCAAUUUAAUAACUGUACCUAUUCAAGAUGAUUCUAAUUCUGGGGCCAGAGAAGCUCCUCAGGGACCUGGUCCAGCUCUUCACCAUCCUGAGUAUCCUGGUCAACCUGUGGUAUCACACCCUCACCAUAUUAUGCCUCCACAGCAACAUUAUGCUCCUCCCCCUCCACCCCCUCCUCCAAUUAAUCAUCCAAUGCAACACCCACCUCAGGCUGCUGGUACACCUCAUAUGGUAUAUAGUCAAGGACCCCCUCCACCUAUGACGUCUGCUCCUCCACCAAUUACCCCUCCACCUGGACAUAUAAUAUCUCAGAUGCCACCAUACAUGAAUCAUCCACCACCAGGACCUCCACCACCCCAGCAUGGUGGUCCACCUGUAAAUGCCCCUCCUCCACAUCAUUACAAUCCUAACCCUUUGCCACAGUUUAAUGAAGAGCAAGGAACUCUCAGCCCACCUUUCACACAACCUGGGGGCAUGAGUCCAGGCAUAUGGCCUGCACCUAGAGGACCACCGCCACCUCCGCGAAUGCAGGGUCCUCCGACCCAAGCACCUAUUCCUGGACAGCAUCAUCCUGAUCAGGCUCGGUACAGGCCCUAUUAUCAGUGAUUUGUGUAUACUGAACUUGCUAGAUUUCUUUUUAUGCUUCAUUUGAGAACUUACAUUAAUAUGUAUAGACACUUUGUAACUUUGUUGAAGCUUCUUGUGCAUACAUUUAUUAAGUUCGAUAUUCUCCUAUUCCUAAUUAUGCCAUUGUGCAUACAUAAUGCAAAGUAAUUUUUUUUGUGUAUGUGUUCUCAUUGUAUAGCACUAACAAUUUUCUUUGUCUUUUACCACUUCUGAAUCUUUUUUGCUACAGCACGAUUAGGUAUCAUUUGUGAUGCUUUUCUGAAUGUAUGUUUAGAUGUACAGUUGUAUCCUUUUACUUUCCAAGAUGGUGUGAAUAAUAUGCAGUAACAACUGCUUUAUUGUAUCCUGGUAUUUUUUACCAGUGGUCAAAUAAAAACUGU